AGAGAAAAAAGGAGAAAUGUUUUCCUAACUUGUCAACUUUAGUAACAAAAUUUUCCCAAAAUAAAAGGAAAAGAAAGUGUUUACAAAAGAGUGUAAAGAUUGAAGGGGGUAAAGAAAAUGGUCAAAUGAGAGGAGAGGGAGAAAACUCUGCAUUCUCACCAACAAAGAAGUUUGUCACCUUGGAAAUGGAGACACCUGGCGUCUCCGGUGGGGAGGUGCCCAUAUAUGGAGGCUCCUCAUCCAUGGAGCCGACUGAGCUACACUCGGCUCCAUCUACCAUGCUGGCGGAUUAUCCGCCGGUGCAAGGCUUUCAAGAUUUGAAGAACUUGGUUAGCAUGGAAUCUGGGAAGUUAUGGACUAUUGCAGGUCCCAUAGCCUUUAAUAUUCUGUGUAAUUAUGGGAUUAAUUCUUUCACAAGUAUAUUUGUUGGACAUAUUGGUGAUGUAGAGCUCUCUGCCGUUGCCAUUUCUUUAUCGGUUAUAGCAAAUUUCUCAUUUGGAUUCUUGUUAGGCAUGGGUAGUGCACUUGAGACACUUUGUGGACAAGCAUUUGGUGCAGGUCAAAUAGAAUUGUUAGGAGUUUACUUGCAGAGGUCAUGGCUAAUACUUGUUGCUUCUUGCUUCUGCAUAAUGCCACUCUACAUCUUCUCCACACCGAUACUAAAGUUGUUAGGCCAAAGAGAUGACAUAGCAGAGUUCGCAGGAAAAUUUUCGAUUCAAAUCAUACCUCAAAUGUUCUCCCUUGCCAUCAACUUCCCGACCCAAAAGUUCUUGCAAGCACAAAGCAAUGUCACGAUCCUGGCAUGGGUCGGGUUCAUGGCUUUAGCCACGCAUAUAGGGGUGCUCUUUCUUUUUAUCAAAGUUUUCCGAUGGGGCGUUACUGGUGCUGCUGCAGCCUAUGAUGUUUCUGCUUGGGCCAUUUCUCUGGCUCAAGUGGUUUAUAUUGUUGGCUGGUGCAAAGAUAGUUGGAAGGGGUUGUCUUGGUUGGCUUUAAAGGAACUUUGGCCCUUUGUAAAGCUUUCUGUUGCAUCAGCAGUGAUGAUUUGCUUGGAAAUUUGGUAUUUUAUGACCAUAAUUGUUCUAACUGGUCAUCUCGAGGAUCCUGUCAUCGCUGUUGGAUCUCUUUCUAUUUGUAUGAACCUUAAUGGAUGGGAAGGCAUGUUGUUCAUUGGAAUUAAUGCAGCAAUAAGUGUUCGUGUUUCCAACGAGCUUGGAUCAGGCCACCCUAGAGCUGCAAAGUAUUCCGUCUUCGUCACAGUAGCUGAAUCUCUCAUAAUUGGGAUAUUUUGCAUGGUACUGAUCAUUUUAACAAAGGAUCAUUUUGCAUUGUUUUUCACAAGCAGUGAGAAAAUGCAAAAAGCUGUUUCUAAGUUGGCAUAUCUUCUUGCUGUGACAAUGCUGCUUAAUAGUGUUCAGCCAGUUAUAUCAGGUGUUGCUGUUGGAGGAGGAUGGCAAGCACUAGUGGCAUACAUUAAUUUGGCUUGCUACUAUGUCAUUGGCCUCCCACUUGGAUUCCUUCUAGGCUAUACAACAAGUUUGGGAGUUCAGGGAAUAUGGAUGGGCAUGAUUUUUGGAACUUUUCUGCAAACUAUAAUUCUUUGUAUUAUUGUAUACAAAACCAAUUGGAACGAAGAGGUGGCACAAGCAUCAGAAAGAAUGAGAAAAUGGAGUGGGAUUUCAGAUGAAUCAGACACUAAAUAAAAUUCAUUUCAAAUUUAAAAAAUUAUAAUUUAGUGUCUGUUUUGGGUAUAAAUUUUUAUACAGAUUCUUAAUUGUUUGGGACAGAUACA